UAUCAAAUUUGCGCGGUAGGAACAGAAAAUCGACAAUGUCCUUAUCCAGACGGCUCUUCCGGUGUGUGACACCUCAAGUCUAAACAUGGCAGCGCCCGCGAGGAGUCUUGUAAGAGUUCUAGCUGGAUGCCAGAGGCUGAAUCUGACAGCUUCCUGUGUUCCAAAGGUGUCGCACAGGGCAGUGGUGCAGCAGACAUAUGUCAGGACAUAUGCAGCAGCAGCGGCAAAGCCCAAACCCAAACCCAAAGCGAAGAAAGCUGAAGAGGAAAAAGACAAGAAGAAGGAAAAACGUGUCAUAGACAACACAGGACGGGCAAAACCGAUAGGCUACACAGCCUGGGAGCCAGUGGACGAUGUGUACAUGCUGAGAUUUUACCCCAAACCUUCCCAUGAGGUCGGAGCGGCCGUGGACAUGCUGAAGGAGUUCCAGAGACUGGAGUUCACCCCCUCAGACCAGGCUGUGAUGCUGGACCUGAGGCUAGACAUGAAACUUGAGAAAAAGAAAAGGGUGGAUCCUUUCGUUAGCACAAUGCAGCUGCCCCACCAGGUGAAGAAGGAAAUCAACAAAAUUGUUCUUUUCACAGAGAAUGCGGAACAGGCCGAACUGGCCCGGGCCAGUGGGGUGGCACACGUCGGUGGGGCGGAGCUCGUACAGAAGAUUUUAGAUGACGAGAUCCAGGCGGACUUCUAUCUGACUGUACCAGAACUGCUUCCCAAAUUGCUGCCUUUAAAAAACAAAUUACGGAAGAAGUUCCCAAAGAGCAAAAGAGGCACUGUUGGAGUAAACGUUCAGAAGAUGCUGAGUCUGUUUUCGACAGGCCAUGAAUAUCUGGUGGAGAGGGAAGUCUACAUCAUCACACAAGUUGCCACGUUGGACAUGCCUCGAGAUCAGAUCCUGGCCAACAUCCAAGCCAUUGUCGACGACGUCUGUUCCCACAAGCCACUCAACUAUGGUCCGUUUAUUGAGAGGAUGAUGCUCAAUAGCCAGACCAGCGAAGCUCUGCUUAUUAAGCACGAAGACCUUCUGCCCAAGCCCAAGGAAGAGGAGCUGUGAUUGUGCACACUGUAAAUGUUGUAAUAUAAUAUAAUAAAUAAAUAAAAAGUUGUGUGUUUCUGGAAACAAUCUCCGUA